GAUACUCCAAUCAGAGGUUCGGCUGGCUCCGCGGGAGGUCCUGCAAGCCAAACUAGCUCAGUGGCCCGCACGACUGGUGAGUUGGAUGCCAGCUGCUCUAGCCCAGCACCCGUGGUCUGCGAGCAACAACGCGCUAGCCCGUCGUCUGCUUCUACGCCGCUACAUAGGAGCGCCUCCACAGCUGUCACUGCGGCACGGGAAAUCUCUCCUGUCGUAGGCCCUGGUUUGGGUUUGCUCAUGGAUGAGUUGAGAGCGAUGCGUGCGGAGAUUCAAGAGUUUCGCAAGGAGAUGGAGUUGGAGAUGGCGCAGCUGGUAUCUGCAAUGAGUCACUGCAAUGGGCGCAUCGAUGGCCUCGAGGCCAGAAUAAGCGCUUUGGAACAACAGGCUGCUACGGGUCGUUCAUCGGCAGAUGAGGUCGUGGAAGAGUUGAGGCGCGAGCUGAACGAUAGGGAUCAGGACCUAUUGGCAAAUGAUGUGGAGAUAACUAAUAUACCGGAGGCUCCUUCUGAUCACCCUAUCCACAUCGCUAAAGUUGUAGGCCUUAAGUUAGGGGUACAGUUGGAGGAGCGCGACAUCAUCAGCGCGGAGCGGGUCGGCGGCAAGCAGCUCAACGCCACUAGCUCUGCCGGGCCGGCGGUGACGCGGCCGCGUGCCAUAGUCGUGCGCCUGGCGCGCCGCGAGCUGCGCGACGAGCUGCUGGCGAGCGCGCGCGUGCGGCGCGGGGCGACCACCGCCGACCUCGACCUGCCCGGCCCGCCACAGCGCUUCUUCAUCAACGAGCGCCUCACGAAGACAAAUCGCCGGUUGUUUCGGAUGGCCCGAGAUGCUGCUCGCCUCCACAAUUGGAGAUUUGUGUGGACCAAGCGCGGGCGCAUACUUGCCAGGAGGAGUCCGGGUGAUUCCACUCAAAGAAUCCGCACUGAUGAGGAUAUUGUUAAGUUUUUUGGACCUGUUAAUAAUGAAACAACUUGAUUAUUCUUCUUUUUUUAUAUUAUUGUUUGUUUGUAACUAUUUACCUUGUAUCAGUGGAAGGGAAAAUAUGCGUCUAAACUAUAAAUAUCGGGGGAUUUACACGCUGGCUGGCACGCAUGUUAAGUCGCAAUCGACACUUAUUUAUACAUAUUACAUUCUACACAGUAUUACUACAUACACGAACUAUAUACCAAAUAAUUACAUAAUCAAUUA